AUGGCUGACCCAUUGGACGCGGCCGCCGCCGUCGCGGUAUCCACCAACGACAACAAUGCCGACGACGUCGAGGACCUUUACGCGGACCUCGACGAGCAGGUCGCCGCCGCGCUCGCCGCCGCAGGGGAGAGUGGCGGCUCAAACGCGAGGGAUUCCGACCCGGUCACCGACGGCGAGGGGGAGGUCCCAGAGCCCGACGCGAACGAGGCGGUGGAUUUGGGCGACGGGACUGAGGGCUACAGCAGCAGCGACGAGGAGAGCGAUGAUGGCCUCCGCAUCGUGCUGAACGAGGACACCAGCGCGCCACUGCCGCCGCCCCCUGUGGGGCGCGGCGAGGGAUGCGUGGAUGAGGAUGAGGAGGGGGGUGAUACGGGCAACCGUGUGAAGGGUUCAUCUGUUAACGAUGGCGGCUGGGCAACGGUUGGUGGGCUCCAUUGCAAGGGACUUAUUGAGAAAAUGCUAUUACCUAGCAUGGGGCAUAUCGAUCGAGGUCACCAGCAUGUGUUUCAGCGUGAUUAUAACUUUACCUUGCCAAGAAACGGCACAAUUUUCGACAUAGACAUUGAAGCAUUUCAACAGAAGCCUUGGAGACAGCAAGGGGUGGAUCUUACUGACUACUUCAAUUUUAGUCUGGAUGAAGAAGGCUGGAGAAAAUAUUGGUGUAGCAUGAAACAAUUAAGGUUAGGGGCUAGAUCACUUGUAAAUGAAACAUCAGGAUUGGAGCAGGAAUCAUACAAACUGAAAUCUGUCAAAGCAAUGUCCAAGGUAGCAAAUGAUUCUGGAUCUGAAGGAAGAAAUGGCCUUGGCAAGCCAAAAGGUAGAGCAAUCCAUGUUGAAGGCAGUGCGAGCGAACGUGUUCCUUCAGCAGACUUGUGGCGUCCAAUACAAAGGGAUUCAGAUGUUGUGAUUCAAGUAAACAUGACUCUUUCGCCAUCAAAUCAGCCCACUUCGGAUGACAGCUCAAAGUUAAAUCACAAUGGUGUGGCUACUGAAAGGGUGGCUGAUAAGGAAGUUCAUGAUGGAGGUUCCUCAGAGGGUGUUGGGAGCAAACUUGAUAGAAGAGAUUCUUAUUUUGCAAGGGAUCAAUCUCGUAGUCCUGAUUAUUCUGAUACGCUUUCUGGAGAAUCAAAAGAAAAUCUCUAUUUUAAGAGAUCCAAUAGACAUUCAGAUUUCAGGGACUUCUUUGAAGACACCAAACUUCAGGAUGAGCAUGUCAAAUCUGAUUUUAAUUGCUAUUCAAGUAAGUCAGACAGAGAAAAUAGUGAAAGUUGUAGUCAUGGUUAUACCCCUUCCGUCGAUGAUAGAAAGGUGGCAUCUAAACUUUUGUGGAGGGGUGAAGCUCCUUUCGCUGGGCAAGGCAAGUCCGGUGAUCUUUUUGUUGGUUACAAUAGUGAUCGAGACCUUAAAUCUCAACAUAAAACAAGAAAAGGACAGAGGAGACAGAGUUUAGAUGACGGAAGGAAUGCUGUAUUUGUUGAAAAAGAAAAACUAACAGAUAGCUAUCCUAGUAGGUACGGUAGGGAGUAUGAGAAGAGAAGAUCUAGCUCAUCUUCCCUGAGGACCAACUAUCACAAUUCAGUUUGCAAUCAAUCUUAUGAGCAACGGUAUUCACCUCUUGAAAGAAUAGCGCUGAAAAACAACGACCGUUACUUUAGCGAUGAGUCUAAUUACCACCAUAGGCAAUCUUUGUCAUGUGACAUCAGUGGAGAAGAUGAUGAGCGCUUCUCUUCAGCCAAUGAGUGGCAGCGAGAUCAUGAUCAUAUAUACCAUUCACUGGUAAAUACUGAUAUGCCUGAUGCUGAUGAUGGACGAAUGUACAGAGAAAGGUAUAGUCAGGAAAAGAGAAGAGCCAUCCAUGACCGCAGCGUGGAUGCUGAAUUUUCCUGUUACACUGACUACAGAUUUUGCGAAAGGCAGAAUCCUGAGGUAAGAGGCAGAUACAGAGACAAAGGAAGAUUUGCCAAAAGCAAUGAUGGGCAUUUCAGACAUGCUAACCAUCUUGAGUUGUAUCCUGGCCUCAAUAAUUCUGAGGGGGACAGGCCUGCUACUGGCUUCCCUUCUAUGAGCUCAAGAAACAGAUGCAUCAAUAACAAAAAAGUCCGCAAUGCUAAGAUGGCACAAAAUAAUUGUCAUGGGUAUCAUCAAAAGAACAAGCAGCAUGAUUCAUCAUUUUGUAUUGGCAACAUUCCUCGAUCUGCUUUGCAAACUGAUACUUAUGCUGAAACAGGCCAUUUUGUUCUGCCAAUUAAGAGGAAGCUUCAUUCUGAUCUGGGUCCCGUGGACCAAAAAACUCUUGCUGAUUUGCCACUUCUGAAAGGAAGAAGAUUGAUGCAUGGCCAAUCCAUUGUCAGUGAUAGGAUGAUUUAUGCUUUGAUGCUGCAUAAGUCGACAGAGAAAAUUAAUACAGAAGCCAUUUGUAGUUCCAGUGAUAUGAGAAAUAGUAAUACUUCAAACAUUUUUAUUGGGAGAAGACAUGAGCUGGAUAAUGCUGAUAACAUCCACUUGAAUGAUAGAAAAAUAAAGUUUGAGAGGCAAGGCAAUGAGUUAAGACGUGUAAUUGAAAAUAACCAAAAGGGACCUCAUCCUGUGGAUAAGGAUUUGCAUGCUUCCAGACAUAAGCAUGUACAUCAGAAACCGCGGAAACAGAAUAUGGGUCACCGUCACUCGGGCAAUCAAAAUUUGGAUAAAUCAGCAGACCAAAAGUGGCUAAAUGAAGAUGUGGAGGUCGAGGAGGGAGAAUUGAUUGAAGAGGACCAUCAUGAUAUCAUUUCUAAAAGCAAGCUUAAGCCAAGAAAUGCUGUACUGAAAUCAGUUAUUGAAACAAGUUCAGCAGAGCAGUUACAGGUGAAUAAUACAACGUCGAAAGAUGCUGCCUGCAACAACAGAGCUACAAGAGAAUGUGAUGAGAAACACAUUCUUGAGGUAAUGGAGAAGAUGCAAAAAAGGAGGGAAAGGUUCAAAGAGGCUAUUGCACCAAAAAAAGAGGAUGGUGACAAGGAAGACCUAUCGGCUUUAGCAUGCAGUACAGAUUAUAUCCAGAAUCAGCGGCCUGCUAGGAAACGGCGGUGGGGUGGUAAUAGUUGGAUGCUGGAAAUGCCUUGA